UCUGUGAUUAAAUGUAAUAAUAAAUAUAAGUGUAAGUUUAUCUGUUAGUGUUUGACAAAGGCAUAUACAUCCUUCUGUAAGUUUUUCACCACGUGUGAUCUAAAUAAAGCGAGCAGCUCGAACAGUCCAUGUCAUAAACACAUCAUGCUUCUCCUCUAUAGGAACUUGAAGUUUAAGUUUUGAUCUGUUCCGCUUAAAAAGAUGGUCGAAGACAACUAUUAACAUACUCAUCCUCCAUUCUCCAAUCGGAGUGAUAAAAUGAAGGCAACUAAUUGGUAUUGGUUAUCACCAAAAAUGAGGCAGUGUAUCUACAAAAAGGAUUAGUUUACAUCUUCAGUCUCACAGCAUCGGUGCAGAGUAGAGGACAUACUUAGAUGGAAAGGCUUACAGAAAUGGAACAUCUCAUGAAAACACCCGCCGGUGACAAGGUGACAUUUUCUGGUCAGGGAAAGCUGCAGUUGUCUCGGCAGGUUUAUACCCAAGAUGCCUACGACCGUACAUACCCCGCCCCAGAGCGCCCAGAGUUCAGUAUCGCUCGGACAAUCAAGAAGAAAUGCACCUGUACCGCUGAAGAUAUUCUUAAAAUCGUUCUGUCCUACUUUCCGGUGGUUGACUUUGCAAGAAAGUACAGGUUGAAGGAAUAUAUCCUUGGCGAUUUCCUUGCAGGCUUGACUGUCAGUUUCUUGCAUCUGCCAAUGGCGAUGGGCUUUGGUAUUUUAGCUUCUUUGCGACCGAUCCACGGCCUAUACAGCACAUUCUUUGCUGUUGUCGUCUACAUGAUUUUUGGUACUUCUCCUUACAUUUCCAAUGGAACAAACGCCGUAAUGGCACUUCUUACCGCCACAGUGGUUGAGCGGGAAGCGGAUGCAUUUACUGCUGCUAGACAGGCUGCUAACGAAUCCAUGCCAACCGAAGACGAAAUUAUGGAGGUUAAGAUUGGAACCUCGAUGGCUUGCUGUUUUGUGGUAGGGCUUAUCCUAAUGGGUAUGGGUCUUCUCAAGCUUGGUGUCAUCACUACAUACUUGUCGGUGUCGUUCGUGGGAGGGUUUACAACUGCCGCUGCCGUACAUAUUGCGUCCAGCCAAGUGCCAAAGGUAUUCGGGAUUAAAGUACAAACUUUCGCAGGCGCCGGCAAGCUAGUUCGAAUGUACAUAGACUUGUUCAGUAAAAUUGCACAGACAAAUGCUGCAGAGAUUAUUAUUGCACUUCUGUGUAUGAUAACUUUGCUAUUGGUGAAAAUUUGCAUCAAUGAACGGUUCAAAGACAAAAUGAAAAUGCCUGUCCCGAUUGAUCUUAUCGUAGUAAUACUGGGAACGAUAAUAUCUCAUUUUGCAAACUUCAAAGAAGUAUUUGACGUAAAAGUUGCCGGUGAGAUACCGACCGGUUUUACAUCGCCAGGUCUUCCAAGGUUACAGAAUGUUGGAAGUUUUGCUAGUGACGCUUUUGUUAUGGCGAUCCUGUCACUUGCAAUGAGCAUUUCCAUGGCGAAGUUGUGUGCCAACAAACAUGGAAUUCCUAUUGACGAUAACCAAGAACUUUUUGCCUACGGGGCAAGUAACUUCGUGUCAGGAUUUUUUCACAGUUUCCCCUCCGCAACUGCUCCACCAAGGACAAUGAUUCUAAGUUCCCUCGGGGCCAGAACCACGCUAAACGCCAUACCAACAUCUGUGUUCAUACUUCUUGUAAUUUUAGUGAUAGGACAGUUGUUUGUGUCCCUUCCUUUAUCGGUACUCGCAGCUAUGAUCAUUAUAUCCAUGAAGGAUCUUCUGCUGCAGUACAGAAACUUGCCACGCAUUUGGAAAAUUAACAAAUACGAUUUUGUUAUCUGGGUUGUGACAAAUUCCGUAAGCAUCUUAGUUGAUCUGAAUUAUGGAAUCAUCGCUGGAGUAGGGAUUUCCAUAUUCCUUGUUAUUCUUCGAGAUCAGUGUGCCAGCGGUAAAAUAGUAACACGGGCAUCGAAUGAGGAUAUACUAGUAAAUGUGCGAGGAUGCAAGCAAAGCUCGAACUUGAGAAUUUUCAAAGUUCCUACCAAUUUGUAUUUCGCCACUGCUGAGAGAAUCAAAUCUCAAAUCUACAAACACAUCACCAACCCAAACAGGAAAAUAAAGGUUAACCCAAAAGCAACAGAUCAAUCCGUCGACGUUAAGGAUAGUGUCGUGGAAUCUAAUGGAGAGGCUGCUCAUACAGAAAAUGGUUCUACCACAACUGUUGAAUUAGAAGCAUCAGCUGGAAUCAAAAGCGACAAAAUCGAGACAGUUUUGAUUGACCUAUCCUCUGUUGAAUACGUUGACAUGGCAGGCUUGGGGGUCUUGCAGCAGGUGACAAAAGUCUACAAAGAUAUUGGCAUCGAUGUUUUCCUGGCUGGUAUACAAAGUGGGGUUGCUGAAACGCUAGAAGCUGGGGACUUCUUUAAAACAUUUCCAAGAUCUGCUGUUUAUUAUGACGUUUUUGACGCAUUGGAGGCAAACAGGACGCAUACACAAUUAUAAUAUUUUGACAUAAAUUUUGUAUUCAUCCUUUAGACAAGUGUUCAACGAUAUAGAUCGUGUUCUUUAAAGGAUGCAAUAUUGCAAAAAAAACAGCAAAAUAUUGGAUAUAUCAUGUUCUGACUUCAAUGUUGUCACAGUCUGUUAUGAUCGUCAAUUCAACUGCUUUAACGAUAUUCGUUAUUUGCUAACGCAAAGUAAACUAUUGUAUAUAUCAUAUAUAUAGAUAUAAUUAUAUGUAUUCAUAAACUGAAUCUGUUGAAAAUGCAUGAUGUACUGAUUUAACACUGUAUAUAAAAUGCUCGUGGUAAAUAAUAUGACCUUAAACAUUUAAGAAGCAUAUGUCAUGUGUUUUCAAUUUAAAGCCAAUGCUUGUGUUGAACAUUUUUAUGUAUACGUGAAAAACUCUCAAAAGUUUGUUUUUAAAUUUUAUGUAAAAAAAACACUAACAUAUGAUGAGAUGACAUUUGUCAAAUAAAAAAUGUACACAUAUUAA